AUGCACGGGGAGUCCGCCCUUGUGAAUAUCCGCCAUGCUGUCAUUCUGGUGCGAGCCGCCAUGUCUCUGUGCCGGUGCUUGCGCAUGGCUGUGGCCCACGUGGACGGCCAGGCUGCACCCGAGAUGGCACUGGCAAACGUCGGCUCUGCUGCUGAGUCCGCAGGGUUCUUCACUGCAGCAGUGGAUUAUGAGAGAGAGGAGCGCGAACGGGAGAGGGAGGCGCUGGGGGGAGGAGGAUGGGGGGAGGUGGAAGAGCUGGUGAAUUUCACCCCUGAGAGUGACCUGCCGGCUGAUCUGGCGGAGGUGAGUGAGACACUGCUGGGGGAGCAGACGGGUAUGUGGCCGGCGUUUGUGGGUGUGUCGCAAGCACAGGCGCGCGGGGUGCUGCAUGUGCUGAUGGAACAGCUAGUGGAGCACAUGGAGGCCAUCAGUGAUGCCUUUGAGGCCGCUCCGCCCCCAGCAGCGCUUGGGGCAGCUGGGCCACCAGGGGCGCCCAUUGCAGUGCUGCCACCAGUGCCUGGGGCAGCGGCACCAGGGGCGCCCAUCACAGUGCCGCCACCAGUAGCACGAGGAACACCUGCAGCAGCAGAUGGAACGGUAGCAGAAGGGGCAGCAGUGCAGGAGCUAACAAGUGCAGGAGGAGAAUCAGGAGGGCCAGUGGGAGAGGGUGCGAGCACGGAAGGAGCAUCGCAGCAGCUGCCAGAGUCGGGAGGCGGUUCGGGAGAAGACGACGAGCAGCUGGGCAGCACAAGCCCAACGCUUACGCACACACCCUUAAAGGGGCGCACAACCCCAAGCGAGAGCAUUCCCUCCAAAAAGACCGCACCCCCAAAUAAGCGCACACUCGCAAUUCCUGUGGAGGUGUUUUGCCCUCCGUUGGAAUCCCUAACCCUCGAGAGCAUUCAGUUUGCCUCCACUUGUGACCCUUCUUGGCUGCCUUACCUCCUCCCAUCUGCCUCGCCCCUCAUGUGCCCCUUUUCCCACACUACUACACCCCACGCUUCCCUCCCUUCAUCGUCCUCCUCCCCCAAUCCUGUCCCAAGCGUGAGCAGCAAGCCACAGUCCUUCAAAGCUCUCGCACGAGCUGCUAUGUGUGGAAGGCUCAAGAGCCUGACUCUCGUGAACUGCACUGGACUGGGGGAGCGGCAGCUGGUGAGGCUGCUCCGUGCAUGUGGCAUGCUGGAGGACCUGAGGGUUGAAGGCAGUGAUGGGUUCUCAGACACGGUGAUUGCACGGAGUCAACUGGAGGUGCUGACUCGGUUGACUGUGGUGGGGUGCGGUGGAGUCACUGCACACGGUAUUGGCGGGCUGCUGGGGAACGUGCCAAGGCUGCGGUAUUUGAAGGUGGAGGCGAGUAAGACAUGGAGGAACGUGGGGGAAGGGGCCAUCGGCGGUGAGUCUGAGAUGGCGGAGCGACAUGAAGGCAAGAGGAAAGGCGGGAGAGAGUGCAAGCAGCGCUAA